AUGCCGGACAAGCGAAAAGCAGCGAUGGCAGCCCCCUCGUCCAAACGGGCUCGCAUAUCAUAUGAUGAUGAAGGUGGCGAAAAGUCUUCUGUGACCCCUUACGAGAAACCUUACAGCCAUCCAAUCUACGGCCAGAAAAACGCGUUCCCAGGUCUAGACAAUGUCAGCGAAGAGCUUUGCUACGACGAUGCAGAAGAUGAUGGGCUAGGAUAUCUACGCAUGGUCCGAUCCGAGGCGAGCGCGCUACCUUCAGUCUUUGUCGCAAAGACCCCAAAGACAGAUGAUACACAGCCGAUCAGAAACUCGAUUGCACCCGACACCAAACCAUCCUCAGCCUCUUUUCCUCAUGGAUUCUUCGAUCGCGAGCAUGCUUAUGUAGCUCCGCCCGAGAACAAAACCACGCCCUCAACCCCUCCAAGCACAUAUCCUGAAGCUCAAGCUUGCUACUACAACCUUCUCCGACAUCGUUUUCUGCUUCUUCGAUCUACUCUGAAGUGUUCGCCCCCAGCUAGCGUAAUCGCCGGCCUCGAUGACAAUCACCCAAUUACCCUUCCCCGCGGCGUCGAAGCCGCACGCAAGGAAUGGAGACGGCUAGUCAUGGCUGUGGAGCCGCAGAUGGCUCAGCUGGCCUGUAUGGACCAGACAAGUGUACUCGGGGUAUUGCAAGUGAUGGCACGACUGAUAUCUGAAAUCUUGCGGGGUGGGGACGCCGAGAAGAUUCGACGCAUCGGUGCCUGGGCCUGGGGCUUGCUGGGCAAGUGUCGAGAGAUUGGAGAAUUGUCCACGGAAGAGGUAGGAGACAUCCGCGAUAUUGGGAAACGGGCAGCGAAGAUCUUAGAGAAAAUCCGAGAGGCGGAGGAGAAUCCACAUAUGGAAGGCGAGGAAAUGCCAGAUUCGGAUUCUGGAGAAGACAUACAGCCAGAACUUUUGGUUCCAGAGAAAGAACCAGAGGACAAAACGCAGCCGGAGCCCGUAAACGACGCCGAUGUGGAUAUGUCUGAUGCAAUUGACACCGAGCUGGAGGCAGCCAAGGCACGGUUACAGGCCAAGGUACAAGGAAGUGCGGAGGAUGAGCCCGCCAGUGCAGACCAAGAUUGCGUGGCUAAACAGACUCGCGCCCUGCUCGACAUGAUCAUCACAGUGACUGGCGAGUUCUUUGGCCAACGGGACCUGUUAGACUCACGAGAGGUCUGGGGUUCAUCUGUAUGA